GUGGCAGUCACGUGAGGUCUCGAGUCCCCCGUACCCGUCUACCUACAGUCUGUUGCCUCGAUCCUUCCCGCCGUACGUUCACUAACUUCUUGUCUUCUACAAGUUUCUUCUUUAACUUCCCAAUCUCAUUCUUCUCCACUCCCACUUUACAUUUAACUGGAUAAAAUCUGGGGAAGGAAUCAAAGUUCGCGCGUGUUUCUUGGGAAAGGAAUCAUCACCACUCUAAUGGAAGAAUUGCGCUUCUGCACCGUUCUGUUUCAGUAGGAAAUUCGCCAUGGGUCUGCGUAAUUUGCUUCUGCGGAGGCUGGUGUCUCUGCUACAGCCAUGGUUGCCCGAAGACUCCGACCUUCAGCUGAAUUUGGGGCUUACCCGUUCCACCGUCAUUGCCCGGAACCUCCACUUGAACGUUUCGGCUCUCAAUGAGCUAAUCGAGGAUACCGCGAUAAGCAUGUCCUUCAAAGAGGUGACCGUCGACCACUUGAGCGUUAUGGUCACUUACUGGCCCUUCCCGGCCUUCGAGAUCAUAGUACGUGGCGUCCAUGGAACGUUAUCUGUCAGGGAGUUUAAUAUGGAGGAGGUCCCGAGGGGAAAACGGAAAUCCAAUAGCACAUUUUCUGAUAUUCUGAAGGAGAAUCUAUCUGCUAUUGAUCCGGAGGGUGCUACUUUGCAUGACAUCAUGGAGAGUUUUCUGGACCCACUACCAAGAUACCGGUUGAAAACAGCUUCUAGAAAUCUAUUACUUAAACGUGGUUGCCUACAGAUGUAUAAUAUUAACUUAGAACUGGAGUUCCCCAUCUUUAACAAUGUCUUUGAAUGUUCAUUGGGCAUCAAUCAUCUAAGUGUCAAAUCUGAAAAUCAGAAUCAUGGAUGUCUUCAUGAGCUCAUAAAUGCAGUCUUUAGACCCUCAGCACAUAGCUGCCUUGUUGUCAUUGGCAAUGAUCUUGAGAUUGUGUUAAAGAGGGAAAUGCAGAUUACUAGAAUCUUGAAUUUAAAAGAUAUAGUCAGUUGCUGCAAAUUGUAUGAUCUUCAGCUUAUUGACGUGAAUCUUAGAAUUCCGGAACUAAGCCUUUCAAUUUCUCCUGCUGAGGUUUCUAUAUAUGCAGUAUUAAAUGUAAUGUCAUCUACAGAAUACAAGUUUGCUAGAAAUGGUAGACAACUGUGGAAGCUUGCUGCUCAAAGAAUUGGGCACAUUACUUCAGUGCCUGGAGUGUCAUUGCAUCGUAUUGUUACUAUUGUCAUGCUGUGGAUACAGUAUGUUAAUGCCUAUGAAAUUUUACUACUACUAACUGGAUAUCCUGUGGAAAAUUUGAUGAAGAAAUUCACUUAUAAGAUUUGUUGGGAUAGAAAACUCUUCAAUUCUUUCAAGAAACAUUGGAUAACAAUAUUGGAUAUUGAGAAGAAGUUACCAAUCGAAUCCAUUGCACAGGCACGACAAAUAUCACGUUAUAGAGCCAUCAAGAAUGUUAAAUGUGCAGAAGAAAAAAAGGAAGCAUCUAGCGUCGUCCCCUUAAAAUUAUUUUAUCAGAUAUUUUCCAUGCUUUUAUGCAUUUGGAAAAUGGUAUGCAAUAUAUUUUGUUUCAUAGAGGGAUACAUGGUUAAAACUUUGAGUCAAUGGCAGAAAAUUGAUGGAUGUUCAGAAAUUGUACCACAAGAUUCCAAUCCUCGGUUUUGCUUUAUGUUGAAUAUUGGAGAACUCUUGGUGUCUAUUUAUCCCACACAUGAAAUUCAACCUCCUACAAUUGAAAACCUUAAAUCAAAGUUUGGGAUCCCAUCGUCCUGUUUUCUUUCAUUCUAUUUUUCCCUUGAUGCACUCUUAUUCAAGUACAUGGAUGAUCUUUGUGAACAGUCUUUACUCAUAUCCUGUGGCCAAUUCAAUGUUACUUCCUUACCUUCUGAGGAGGAUUCCAUCAGUAGAAGCUGUUCCAGUGAUCUGCUUGGGUCUCUAAAGGAGUAUGACAUUGAAAGAGCAAAUAAUCUGAAACCUAUUAUUUGGGGUGAAUCUGCUCGGAGCUUUCUUCCUUCUGAUGAUCAGGAAACAAAUAUUGCGGACUUUGGUAAAGUUGGUUGCAAUCCGUUCCUGGUUAAAUAUUUGGGGGGGAUGUGGUUGAGGUGGAAAUCUAUAUGCAUGAAAGUUGAAGAAAGUGGGAUCAAGUAUUCAGAUAAUCCUUGGUUUCUUUGUGAAAUCAAUAGCUCAUUGACAAAAUCAGUGGUUGAGAAUUCAAAUACUGCAUUAUGGGAAUGCAAUUUGUCUCUAGGUAAGCUGAAUUUAGCUUUGGGCUAUUCAUCAAUACUAUCGGCAUCUUUGCUCCUUAAAUUGAUGCAACAUAGUGCUUAUUCUUGGAUUGAGGAUGAGCAAAGUCCUGAAGUUUCUUUGCAUGCACCGAAAAUAAUUAUAGAUGAUGGAGAAGUCUGCUCGAAUAAUAAGUGUGAGGGCUUUGCCAGUGAAAUGGUGGUACCAUUGCUUAAGAAGCUACCGCAUAAGCACAUUCAAGUUGCAAUGCAGAUAGCUGGUUCUCACAUCCAAAUGGCACUCGAAAAAAACUUUAAUGAUGGCCAUGUAAUCCCAGGUGACGUAGUUCAUAAGGGCGACCCACCCAUUGCAUUUGAUAUUCAUGACAUUGAAAUUGCUGUUUGCCCAGCUUCCAGUUGUGAUCGGGCAUUUCUGAUGGAGUUGUCCUCUGAAGCUGUCAAUAUAGAAGUUGAAUGUCUCCGUUUGAAAGAACCUAAUAUUUCAACAAUUGAUAAUGAGAAGUAUGCAUCUCAAGGAUUAAUUUCACAUUGGUUCUACCUACAAGUUAAUGGGUUAAAUGCUUAUGUAGUAGACUUGGAGGGGAAACAACAAAACCCAAUAUUCAUUUUUAAUCCAAUGCUGAUCCUAUCAUCAAUUGUCAGGAAAUAUGUUCACUCAUUCAGUGAGAAUGUCAGUGCUUUCUCAGUAGCUUUUGACUGUACAACCACAGGUUUCACUGCUUUAUCAUAUAUGGAGGAUUUGCAUCUUUUCAUUCAGGUUAUAGGACAUUUGUCCUCUGCAAUCUGUUACCUAGGCUCUGCCAGUUGGGGGCCCCAGGAAUUCAUGAAACAAAAUAUCAUGCUUGCUAAGCCCAUGCCUAAGUUUGUAUAUGUGAAAGAAGCCUCGAUAACUUGUCGUACUAGUUAUAUGAUUCUCGGAGUCUAUAAAAUUAAGUCGAUGGAUGUUAUUCUUCAUAAUUCCAGGGUGAGUGAUGCUUUUGACAGUUGUAAGAUCUUUUCAAACAGCCAGAAAAUGGCAGAGACCAAUCUCCCUGAUUGUGGAAUUUGGAUUUCUAUUCAUGAAGGAAGAGUUAAGGUAACUUGUGAGGAGGAAAAAGUUGAUAUUCUUACUGAUAUCUCUGAGAUCGUUUCAUUUAUAUUUAGGUAUCAGAAGAGAGGUAUAGAUAAAUCUGUAUCCAAAUAUCUGCUGACGCAAUUACUUAAUUGCUAUCAUCAGAUUUAUCUCUCUAAUUUCAUGUUAAUUUUAUCUCUGAGUCCAUGUAAUGCCUCAUCUUCAGAAAGGUCAAGGAAUAUUCCCCACAGUUCUAUUUCUAGAAAUAAUGAAUUCAACGUGGAGAAUUUUGACAUGGCAGUCAACUCUGAAGGGCCAGGUGGACAGUCUGUCUUUGCUCAGGCUCUGGACUUUGAUUCCACUUCAUCAUCUUCAAACUUACAGUUGCUUGUAAAUGUUUCAAUUAGUAGGAUUUUCAUAACAAGUAGCCCAGUGCAUGAAGUCCUAGUUGGAGUACAUCAAAUGAGUAAACUUUCGUCAUUUCUCUUAGUCGGGGGAGAAUUUCAGACCAUCUCUUGGGAGAUUCAGGGUGGUAUCCUUUUCCUUGAAACAAUGGUUUUGGCGUUAUUUAUCAAUUGUUUCAAUUCAUACUAUCGUGCCAUAGGGAGUCUUUUGUCUGUGUUGCAAUUUUCUCAUCAACAAGAUAAGAAGGCUCAAGAAAUGGUGGAAAUUACUAGACUGGAGGAUACUGCUGCCGACAAUGUUGUUGGCGAGACUACUGACUCUUUUUUAAGAGUCAAAUGGAAACUUCUGGAAGUUUUUAUGCUCAAUGUCUCUAACAUCUCUCUUGUUCUCCUCAUCGAAAAUGAAUCUGGUGCAAUUUGGGAAUUUGUGAUUGAAGUUGAUGCCCAUUUAGAACUUAAAUUGGCUGAUCCUAGGAAAACACUUGUAGUUAAUCUUUCUCACUUGUCAAUUAUCUCCAAACGAAUUGAAAAGACCUUACGGUUUAACAUUCAAAUUCCUCAUUUCUCUUCAAAUAAGUCAUCUCACCUUGUAGCUGGAGAAUCUGCUUCAGGCUCUCAAUAUGCGAAGGAAGUUCAACCAGAUAAUUAUGCAAGCAGUUCAAAACAUCCGGUUACUAAUGAAGAUUUUUCUAGAAAUAAUAAUGUCAGUGGGCCUUUUUGUUUUAGCAGUCAGAAUUAUUUGUUGAAGAACUUAGUCGCUUUCUUGUCAAUUGAGAAGACCUACAGUGAUCAUAUAGGCUUAUUAAGUGAAGCUUGGGCAGGCAAUGGCUCUAUGUCAGGUUUGGAUCUCACAUUGUCUCAUUCUGAAAUACAGAUGAUUUUGUUAACUGUUUCAUCAUUUUCUGGACGGUCCGACAAGGAAAAGACAAAUGAAUUGCAUAAAAGGCCAUGGUCGAGUAACCAGGGAGUUGAUGCUAAUACCCCCGAGACGUUUUCCACUGAUGCGGAAACCUUUGUUACUGAUGGGGCGAUUAUUGCAAUCCGAGACAUCCAUCAGCACAUGUACUUGAGCGUAGAAGGUGGUGGUGACAGGUACAAUUUGGUCGGUGCAAUGCACUAUUCUCUUGUGGGAGACCGGGCUUUAUUCAGGGUUAAAUACAAAAAACAGAGGAGAUGGCCUUCACCAGUUUUGUGGUUCUCCUUAAUAUCAUUGUAUGCAAAGAAUGCCGAAGGCAAACAUUUGAGAUUGAACUGUUGUCCAGGAUCUGGAGUUGUUAACAUAUCUGGCAUUGAUGAUAGAGGUACGGCACUGUGGAGAUCAUUUUCUCAUAUGCAGGGAGGUCAAAAAGGUGAUACGGAUUGGGAACCAUACAACCAGUUUGGUAAAAGAACACUUUAUCUAGUGAACAAGAAGAGUGAUUGUGGUAUUGCUUUCGUUGAUGGGGUUCCAGAGUUUGUUAGAAAACCUGGAAAUCCUUUUAAGUUUAAAAUGAUCCAUGACUUUCCUGGAGUUUGUGGUGUUGCUAAUAUGGACCAUUAUCUUUCUGAGACGUCUGAAACCAGUCGUCAACAAAAUUCUCACAUGGAUGUGAGAAUAUCUGGAACAGAUGGGAUGUUUCCAAGCAUUGAUAUUUCAAUUGAGAAUAUCUCUCUGACAAUCGUUCAUGAAAUAUCUGAUACGAAUGACAUAUUGCCUCUCAUUCGUGGUUCCCUUGGUAAUAUGCAACUGACCCUACAAAUUUCAUCAAAUAAAACCAGGAUUCUUAGCACAUCUAAUGCUGUAUUACAUUAUUUCGACGUGCAAAGAAAUUUAUGGCAACGGUUUAUCAACCCAGUUGACUUUUGCCUUUACUACCGACUCAGCGUCAAAAGCGAUAGCACAGAAACAAUUUCACAUCGGGUUCCUGUGCAUAUCUAUUGUAGAAUGAAGGAGUUGGACAUAUCCUUCAAUGAGACCUCGCUCGAUGUAGUUCUCUUUGUCAUUGGAAAACUAGACUUGGCCGGUCCUUAUGCAGUGAGAAGCUCCAUCAUUAGUCCGAAUUGUUGCAAGGUGGAGAACCAGUUAGGCAUCGACCUUCUCUGUCACUUCCACAACAAGCAGAGUCUGACAAUAAGAAGAUUUCAGUCUGCUUUCAUCUCUCUGAGGCACCCAGGAUCACCAGACCAAACUCUUGCGAGCGGAUCAGUUAUUUCAAUUCAACUUAGUGAAACUGAAAAUUUUACAACUCCUAUCAACAUUUCCCAGUUACAACCACAAACAUUUACUCAGAGAACACGUAUAAUAUCUGCGAAAGAUUCAAGAACUUAUCCAGGUCCUCUUAUUGUGGUUGAAAUUUCUCGGCAUCCUGAGGAUGGUUUGUCAAUUGUGGUUUCCCCUAUGACGAGAAUACAUAAUGAAAGUGGACUAACCAUGGAACUCCGAUUUCGACGAAAUCAGCCAAAAGAAGAUGAAUGUGCUUCUGUGUUGGUAGAACCUAAAGAUGUGAUUGAUGAUUCCAUGGGAAUGUUUGAUGCUUUAAAUUCUUCCGGUGGAUUGAGAAAGGCACUAAUGUCUCUAAGUGUUGGAAACUUCCUUCUUUCUUUUAGACCAAAGUUGACUGAUAACUCGAUGAAUUCAAAGUCAGUUGAGUGGUCAGAUGAUUUUAAAGGUGAAAAGGCAGUGCAUUUGUCUGGAAUUUUUGAUAAGUUAAGCUACAAAGUCAGAAAGGCUUUAAUGGUUGGAUCGGAGAAGUACUCCUUUAGCACAUCAAGUUGUAAGCUGUUAGUUGAUGGUGGACAUGUUAACAACUUGCACUUUCUGAUUCAGUGCGUUGGUAGGGAUGUGCAUAUUUUGCAGCCUGAUGAAUCUGGGAAUAGGUUUGAUAAUAGCCAUUCAUCUGAUGUGUUACAAGAGCAAAAACAAAUUUUUCUUCUACCUACCGUUCGAGUGUCCAAUUUAUUGUAUUCGGAGAUACAUGUGCUUUUAAGUGAGACAGAUACUAGUACCAUAAAUGAGGAUUCGCAUAUUGGAACCAGGGCAACUAUAUCAUCUGACUCAACAGCUGAUUUCUAUGUGAACCCUGCCAUAAUUUUUUUUACUGUUACAUUAACUGCGUUAAAUUCAACCUGCAAAUCAGUGAGUAGUGGUGAUUUUGUCAAAAAGUUACUGAAGCAGAAAAGCAGUGUUCAGUCGGUAGACAUUGAUCUUGAUUUUGGAGGUGGAAAGUACUUUGCUUCCUUAAGAUUGGCUCGUGGCCAUAGAGGCACAUUAGAGGUAUCUGUUUUUGCACCGUAUGCCCUGAAGAACGACACAAAUUUUAUGCUGCGUUUUCUUGCUUCAAAUAAGAAGACCCUUUACAGGGAUGUAGAGGAGAAUGGUUUAUUCCCAAAUUUAGGAAUAUGUUUGGCUCCAAACUCCACUUGUUCAUGGCUCUUAAAGUCCAAAAAGGUGUUUGUACAGGUGUUAGAAAAUUACACAUCUGAAGAAGCACUACUUGACUUGGACGCUCUAUCUGGCUUCACAGAACUAAGCUUGCAAAUGCAAGGAGAUGACAUGGUAUUUAGCAUCAAACUUGGUGUUUCUUUGGGAUCACCGUUAGGAAAUAUGGUUUUGCCGUCCCAACUAGUUACCAUAGUCCCACGGUAUGUUGUGAUUAAUGAAUCAAAAGAAGAUAUUAUUGUCCGUCAGUGUUAUUUGCAGAAUGAUGGAGGCACAAUCGAAGUCAACAGUAAACAGAAAGCAACACUAAAGCUGCAGGAUGGAAUCCAGCAGCCUAGAGAGUCCAGUGUAUUUGAAAAUUUUGUGAAGAAGCACACAAAAUCUAUGGACGAUUCUUUAAAAUUUAUUCAGUUCUGCCUAAGUGAGUCUGAUUUGAGUUGGUCCGGCCCAAUAUGCGUUGCUUCAUUGGGACGAUUUUACCUGAAAUUCAAAAGGCAGCCAGACCAAGGGACUUCAAAAGGCACAAGUAUAAUUGAAUUUGCUGCAGUUCAUGUGGUGGAAGAAGGUUCAACAUUAAGUUUACAUUUCCAUAAACCACCAAAUACCAAUCUUCCAUACAGGAUUGAGAAUUGUUUGCACAAUUUUUCUGUAACAUACUAUCAGAAGGAUGUUUUGGAACCAGAGGUUCUAGGAUCUCAAUGUAGCGUUGAUUAUGUCUGGGAUGACCUGACUCUUCCACAUGAGCUAGUAGUCCUAAUUAAUGAGAGCCUUGUACGUGAAAUUAACUUGGAUAAGUUGCGUGCAUGGAAGCCUUUGUAUAAGUCUAGGCAACAAGGAGGCUUGGCACGUCACUUUCUUUGGGAAAGAAACGUGGGAGACAGAAAAACAAUAUCGGACGACUUUCAUGGCCGGGAGAUUGUGAGGGUUGGCUAUGAAAUAUAUGCGGAUGGUCCAACCAGGGUUUUACGGAUUUGUGAGAAAGCUGAUUGUCACAAAGGAGAUUCGGUGAUUCAAACAUCUGAAAAAAUUCAACUCAUAAUUUCUGAUAUCACAGUUCACUUACUUGAAUGUUGGAGGCAGGAUGAAAAUGGGAGCGAGCCGUUAGCUUAUAUGCCACUUGUAGCUGCUAGACUCGGGGACAUUAAAUUGUAUUCUGUGUUUACAGAGCAGCAGAAAUAUAACCAGAUUACUAUUCAGUCAUUGAGAUUGGAGGAAAAGAGAGUAGGAGCUGUUUUUGCUGCAAUGGUUCGUAGACAUCAAGUGGAUUACAGUGACUCAAAUGAUUGUGUUCUCAAAGUUGUGUGCAUCCUGAACUCAACCAGCAUUCAUGUCAAGCAAGUCAAAUACUUAUCUGUUGUUCUGCAGCCAAUUGAUUUGAACCUUGAUGAGGAGACCUUAAUGAGGAUUGCUCCAUUUUGGAGAACAUCUCUUAGUGACUCAAAAACUAGGAGCCAGCAGUACUAUUUUGACCAUUUUGAGAUCCACCCAAUAAAGAUUAUUGCAAAUUUCCUUCCUGAGGAAUCAUAUUCAAGUUACAGUUCAACGCAGGAGACUCUGAGGACCUUACUACAUAGUGUAGUAAAGAUCCCUCCCAUGAAGAAUGUGGCUGUUGAGCUCAAUGGUGUUCUAGUUACUCAUGCUUUGAUCACAAUGCGUGAACUAUUUCUUAGAUGUGCUCAACAUUAUUCAUGGUAUGCCAUGAGGGCUGUCUAUAUUGCAAAGGGAAGUUCAUUGCUCCCUCCAGAUUUUAUUUCCAUCUUUGAUGACUUAUCUUCAUCUUCAUUAGAUGUCUUCUUCGAUCCCUCACGUGGGUUUAUGGGUCUUCCAGGGACUUUCAAGUUUAUCAAGAAAUGUAUUGAUGUGAAAAGGGUGUCAGGUACCAAACGCUAUUUUGGAGAUUUAGGGAAAACUUUGAAGACAGCUGGGUCGAAUGUUAUCUUUGCUGCUAUAACUGAGAUUUCAGACUCUGUUCUAAAGGGAGCAGAAGCAAGUGGUUUUAAUGGAAUGGUGAGUGGAUUUCACCAAGGAAUACUAAAGAUAGCCAUGGAUCCAUCUUUACUUGGGAGUGUCUUGAUGGAAGGUGGCCCAGAUAGAAAGAUCAAACUUGAUCGAAGCCCAGGGGUUGAUGAGUUAUAUGUUGAAGGCUACCUGCAAGCUAUGCUGGAUACAAUGUACAAACAAGAAUAUCUUAGAGUUAGAGUCAUUGACAAUCAGGUUAUCCUUAAAAAUCUUCCCCCAAACACUUCUCUGAUAAAUGAGAUCGUGGAACAUGUGAAAAGGUUUCUUGUUAGCAAAGCAUUGUUAAAGGGAGAUCCGGCAACAGCUACUCGCCCUUUUCACCAUCUUCGACGUGAAAGUGAAUGGAAGAUCGGGCCUACGGUGCGAACGCUCUGCGAACACCUCUUUGUAAGUUUUGCAAUCCGUAUGCUGAGAAAAGGUGUCUCACAGAUUGUGGUUAGGAUUCCUCAGAACAAAGAAUCGAAUUCUGAUAUUGAAACGACCGAGCUUGCUUUAGUUCCUGGCAAGGAACAAAGUGGUAAGUUCAUCUGGAGUAUGGGAAUUGGCAAGUUUAUGCUGUCUGGUAUUUUAGCAUAUAUUGAUGGUCGGCUGUGCCGUAAUAUCCCUCAUCCUAUCAUACGACGGAUUGUAAGUGGCUUUCUGUUGACUCUCCUAGACAACAAUAAAAACGAAUAGUUUUUGUUGCCUCUUCUAAA